GGCGCGACAUCAAAGUAGCUCUUGAUUCCAGACAUGACCUCCCUGCAGAUGAUGUCCUUAAGCUAAGUUAUAUUGCUGUUGUGAUAAUUUUGUUGCUUAGCCACGAUGAACGCGCACCGGUGGAGGACUUUCUGUGGACUAUGGCCGAGGACUUACAUGCAUUUCAGUCGUUCCCUUGGGGUACGUACAUCUAUAGUAAGAGCCUGCAUUACCUCCGGAUGGCCACUGCAGAUGGCAAGCUAAGUGGGGAGCUUGGCAAGAAAGUCAAUAUUUAUGGUUUUGUUUGGGCGUUUCAGGUACUAAAUUCAGUAUAGUGACAUCGGUCUGUCGAAAAUGAACAUUACAUUAUUUGUGUAAUAUUUGUCGAUGCCAACUACACUUUUGUUUGACUUGAAUUGUUUUAUCGGCUUAUUAUUGAAAUUAUUUGAUUUAUACAGUGGUGGAUGAUCGAAACAUUCCCAUGGGUGGAGAAUAAGUGAGCGAUCAGACUAUCCGUUCUGGUCUCCAUUCCCAGAUGUCGGAAGUGGUGCUCUAAAAAAAGGCGACAUAAAUCAACUACGUAGAAGGCCUUAGGAAUGUAUGUUUGAAACCUCAAAUUAAAUUGAGUAACUUUUUGAAUAUUUUUAGUAAACUAAAUAAAUGAUAAAAUCAUAUCGUAGGUUCGGGGUACGAGUGCGAUGCUUGAGCCAACCAAUGCAGAGCGUGACAUUGACUUUUGGAGGUCCUUUAACCCUCUGUACUGGGUUGGUGUGAACGUAUACAAAUUAGGCGACGGAGGGAUUGACCAUAAUCUGGAGGAUGCGGUCUGGUUCGACCAGGUGGUAAAGGAGGAUGAGGUGGCGGAGGAGGAGGAAGAGGUAAAUGUGGCUGAUGGUGCUCCUCGUACAGAUACAAUGUCAACGUGUAGGGCGAAGACAGGACUCCCUCCUACUACGCAUCGUGAACAGCACCAAGAAGAGAUCACCGAUAAGCUGAAUCUGACGCUGGAGAUGUUGUUGUCCAUGAACGGUGAACUCAGUGAGAUGAGCACACAUUUGGACCAGUAAAUCGAUCUAAUGAGCUCACGCAUGACGCUCACUGAGAGGAGGUUGGGCCAUGUGGAGUGGAGGUUGAGGCAAGUGGAAAUGCGACAAGCAUCACUGCUUGCCCAUCUAUGCGUCCCGCCUGUUAUGCAUUCCCCAACUGACAUGGAUGGUGGUUAUGAUGAGGAACCAAAUGGUCAACAUACACCUCCAGUUAACGAUGAAGUGGAUUACCAGACAUCACUAGGUAGAGUAUGCCCGAACUUCACUUUGAGUUUGUAUUAUAUUUCAGUCUGCAAUACCUUAUUAUAAGGGUUAGUGAUUAUACAGUUGCAAUCGCAGUGUUGUCGGCCACAAUACACCGAUCCCACCAGACUUAAGCGGGUAAGGGAUGCUGUCACGAUGGACAGGACCGACGAUGCAUUUGAUGCGGAUACAGUGCCACAAUCCAAAUCGGUUGGGACAGUGGAGGAUGUUCCUAUUCCUCAGCUGGACAGAAAGGCAGUCAAUGUGAUGGAUAAUCCGGCUCAUGUUGUGGAAUACCACCUGGAGCUAGAGGGGACAGGUGAUGAAGUCCCUCAAAAUCUAUCACCCAUUGAUGCUGCCGAGGUGGUCAUGCAGAUAGCAGCUGAAGUAGCGCAUUGCCACUUGGACCCACAUGAUGAGGAUAAUCCUAACCCCCCCGAGGGUUACGGUGAUUACAUACGGCCUGAUAAAGAGAUUGCAUGAGUAUUCAAAGGUUUAAGCAUUUUUAACUUGCUAUUUCUAUUUACAUAUGUCUAGUCAAACUCUUAAUUCGUUGUUGUAGGCGGGACACAGGGUACAUUAUCCAUCUAGUACCCAAUGACCUUCGGUGCAUAGCGGAAUCGCCUAACUGGGUAGAGGCGGCGCACAUCGACAGUUAUAUGUGUUGCCUCCGACGAAUAAUGAAGAUGCAGUCUAGUGGUGUAUAUGACACCAAUUACGCACUGAUGUCGUCAUCACUGUUUGUGAGUGCUAUACAGAAAUCUUAUAUUACUUCUUUAUUGGAUAUAUAUUUUAUCCAUGAUCAUAUAUUCCAUCUAGGUACUUAUGGUAUUGCACUUGAACAAUACAUAUGCCGGGAAGCGGUUCAUGCCUGGUAAGGCGAUUGUCCCAGACAGUUGGCUGAAUUUUGUCUAAGGCCAUACUGAUGAUGAUGAACGCCCAUGGUGGAUAGUGGACUUCGUAUGUGUUAUUUGAACUUAUUUAUGGAGUUACUGCCUUACAAAAUAUAACGUUAUAUUAUAUACAGGUGUUGCUCCCAUGCAGUAUAAAUAAUGGUCACUGGGUCCUUGCGAAUAUUUGCCUGAAGGAGGGGAAAGUUAUUGUAUAUGACUCCCUUGCGAAGUCAGUAGAUAGCAGGAAGUCCAGGGUAAGGGCCAUGCAAGCAUUGGUCAGCCUCCUCCCCAUUCUCCAGGUGCGCAGUGGAUAUUAUGAGCAUCUAUCCAAAGCUACGCCUGCUUACAAAAAAUAGGUGUUGCAGAUUCUUGAUCCUGGGAAGGUGCCAGUGCCGCAGCAACCCGACGGGCACUCUUGCGGAGUGUACGUUAUGGAUAUCUUACGGCACAACGAGGACCAGUGGGUGAGCAAUCACAGCAUGGGUGAUAUGAUAUGUCUCCGUCAGAAGUUUGCGAUAUUUUUGUAUAGACAUAGCAAUGUAGUUGAUAGUUGAGUGUAUAUGUUAUUAGUAAAAUUAAUAUGUAUUUCUAUAGACAUU